AUGUGUCUUUUAAAAAUACAGGUUUUCGCUCUUUCGUUAAAUGACCUUGAUUUGAAGGCAUUUGAAAUAGAGUGUUUUCCUCGUUGCUCCGCUUUUGUCGAAAUUUGGAAAAUCGGAUGGAGAAAUGGGUCCAGUAAUAAGGAAAUAUAUUCAGCCUCUGAACUAACCAGCAGAAGCAAAGAUAUUUCUACCGGUAUUUCAGGUGUCGUGAGAGGUCAAGUUUGCUUAACUAAGACAGGUUUGUCUCUUGGCCCACGUCACACUCAACAGCGCAACUGCAUGCAAAUUCAGCGCUGUGAUGACGUAAGAAAGGUUAAAUGCAUCAGCAGUUUCUCUAUCCUCAGGUUGCUGUUUUCAUUUCUGGGUUCACGUGCUGCUGUCGCUACCACACUCUACCAAAAAUACCGCAUUUUUGAGGUGAAGGACCCAAAUUCGGAAGGGAUCAAUCUUAUUCUUUGA